AUUGUCAGGUAUAAGUACGAAGGUGGCCAAUUCGUUGCAUCGGUAGAUCUAACGCCCGGCCCCUCCGAAGUACAUGCGAUUUUGGCCGUCGAUUCGCGUAGAGGCAAAGUUUAUUACCUCGGCACGGCGCCGGGUGAACCGACCCAGAGGAAUUUGUAUUCGGUGCCUCUGGAUGCGAGCCAGAAACCAACUUGCAUAUCCUGCGAGCUGCUUACGCCGGAAGGAAAUAAAUGCACGUAUGCGAGUGCAUCUUUUUCAAGCCUCAGAUCAUAUUACGCUCUCACUUGUUCCGGGCCUGAUCCAUCUACGGUAAUAAUUAACGACGAAAAUCAUCAGCCGGUCUUGACUUGGAAUUGUAAUCCAUCGAUAAGGAAACUUUUGUCACGACGAUUAAUGCCGCAACAAAGGGAUUUCAACGUUACUGUAAACGGUUAUGACUCUAGAGUCAGAUUGUUACUGCCACCGGAUUUCGAUGAAAAUAAAUCUUACCCUUUAUUAGUAUAUAUUUACGGCGGUCCAAAUACAGCUAGGAUCAUUGAUAGUGCUAAAUACGAGUAUGAAUAUUAUUUAACAACUAACAAACGCAUAAUCUACGCAUGGGUCGACGCACGAGGAUCAGCUUUCAAGGGCAGCAAGAUGCUCUUCGAGAUAUACAGGAAUUUAGGAACCGUGGAGAUCGAAGAUACGAUCGCUGUUGUCGCAGCUCUGCUAAAACAACAUAAAUGGAUUGACGCGAAAAAAACUGGAAUUUGGGGCUGGAGUUAUGGUGGUUUUAGCAGCAGCAUGGUACUCGCGACAGAUACAGCCUCCGUGUUCAAGUGCGCUAUAUCAGUUGCACCCGUAACUUCGUGGAUCUAUUACGAUUCUAUUUAUACGGAGCGAUUUAUGGGACUACCGACUCCCGAGGACAAUCUCGCUGGUUAUAAUCGUACGGAUAUCACGCGACAAGUAGAGGGAAUGCGAGGCAAAAAAUACAUGCUAAUACAUGGCAGCGGCGACGACAACGUGCACUAUCAGCAAGCGAUGGCGCUCGCCAAGUCGCUGGAGUAUAAUGACAUCAUGUUCGAACAGAUCACGUACACGGACGAGGCGCAUAGUCUCGAGCACGUGUCCGCACAUUUAUAUCACACGAUGGACAAAUUUUGGAACAAUUGCUUUGGCUCGAGGCAUGCUCGUUGACCUAAACUCUAGAUUCUAGAUUCACCAAAGAAGAGAAUUAUUCCCGGCGAUAAAUUCGAGAUUCCAUUGAAUGCCGAAUUUUUAUAAUUUAUAAAAGACCAAUGGCUGAAAAUUUAGAAUCUUUAUUUAGACAAUUAUACGUAUUCGAUAUAUAAACAGUUUAAUAGAUAGCAUACUUUUAGUAACGUUAAUAAUGUGAGAAGUUGUUAUAAUUUGAUAGGUGUUUGAUACACACUGCAAUUAUAUUAGACGUAUCGAACAUUAGAUCUCGAUAUAACUAUUAUCGAUUGUACUAUCGAUAUGGAUGUAACGUCCAUUUUUGUUCUUUCUUCCCUUGUGUCUUUUCUAUUAUUACGCAUAGCCGUAAGCAUUCAUUAAAGUACAACAUAUAUGUAUUAA